UUUCGGGAUUCCCUUACAAAAUUAAGCGUAAUUUCACGUUCUAAUGGAGACCGACAAAUGCAGGUUUCACUCUUAGCUUGUGGCACUUGCGCCGCUGGGUGUUUGGUUUGACACGCAUUCGUUGAUCGAGCACAGUUGACGUAACUCUGUGUAGCCGAUCGACGUAACUUUUUCUUUGGCAGAUGCUAGUUUAGGAUAUAGGCCGGUGCGGAUGUUAGCCGGCCGGCAUCAUGCCUCCGAAAGGUAAAGGCGGCGACUCCAAAGGAGGAUCCAAGGGAGGCAAAGGCAAGGGUGCCGGAGAGGCAGCGGAAGCUUCCGACUCCAAAGGCGGCAAGCAGGCCAAGGGAGGAACUGCCGUCAAGGUUCGACACAUUCUGUGCGAGAAGCAGUCCAAGGCUUUGGAGGCACUCGAGAAGAUCAAGGGCGGCAUGAAAUUCAACGAGGUGGCUGCCACCUACAGUGAGGACAAAGCUCGCCAAGGGGGCGACUUGGGCUGGAUGACACGUGGCUCAAUGGUGGGGCCAUUCCAGGACGCGGCUUUUGCACUGCCCGUGAGUAGCCUGGCCAACCCAGUCUACACAGACCCACCCAUCAAGACAAAGUUUGGCUACCACAUCAUCAUGGUCGAGGGAAAGAAGUAGCCUCGCAGAUGUGCCGAUCUCAGUGCGCUGGCCACGUUUACCUUUGUUGUACAAUAAACAGGUGCCCUUUUGCAGACU